AGCUUCUCCCUUCCUGCCAGCUGUGUCUGUGUGCUGAAAUGAACAACAAUGGCAAGAAAAGUUGGCCAGACCAACCAUGCCAAGACAUUGUGUGGUUUUAGGGUGGAUUCCAGUGGAUUGAGUCUCAGAACCUUUCUGCAAACACAAGCCCCAGAGUGACGAAGCAGUCCGCCUGUGUCUGAGGGAGAGGGGCCACGAUGUGCUGGUUCUCCAGAGAAUAUCAUCAGAGCAGCCAGCCCUCUCUGCAACAGCGAGGGGAGGAGGGAGAGUGGAGGCGAGGAACAGGAGGUAAGCCUCUCCAGUCCCCUCCUUCCUAGAUUCCCUCCCUCUCUCUGUUUGUCUCCCUCAGCACUCUCCCUCACAUCAUUUUCACUCUCUGUCUCUCUGGAUCACUCACUAGCACAGGCAUGCUUACAUCACAACUCCCAACACAUAAAUGACUACAUUAAAUACAUAUUAGUGAGCAACAUGGGACUGUGAGGCUGCCAGCUGCCUUCCCAUUCAAGUAAUUCAGGAGCUUUUUCAGUACCGGGAGACCUCAGUGUGCUUGAGGGAUACCCAGCUGUGGACUACGGGCUGUAGCAGCUGCAGGUGGAUGGAUGGAUGGAUUGGUAAAGGGGGCAUGCAGAAGUAACCACGGCAACAUCGCCGGUGUGAGGGCACAGGGACUCUGCAAGGAUGGGAUCUCAGCCACAGCCCCUGAACCUGCUGCAGGAGGAGGGCAGGCUGCUGCAUGCUGCUUUGGUAGAGCAGGAGGAGGACGAGGAGGAGGGCUCCGUGGACAGCAGCAGCGACAGCACCAGCCGGGCAGAGCCGGUGACAAUGCCCACCUUUGACGUCCCUUACUUUCGCUACAUAGAUGAUGAGGGAACAGAAGGAGAAGAGGAAUGGAGCAGCAGCCGCUCUAUGUCCUCUAUUGAGGAGGACUCGUCCACUGACUCUGUUGUGUCUGACAGGUACGUGGUGGUGUCAGGGACACCAGAGAAGAUCCUGGAGCACUUGCUGAGUGACCUGACACUGGAUGAGGACCAGGGGACGACACCCAACAAAGAGUCAGAUAUACUUCUGGAUGAUGUCCUGCUGACCUACCCAGUGUUCAUGUCAACCAGUGAUCUAUGUCAAGCUCUGCUGGGGCACUAUUGCACCAAGCGAUACAGAGGGAAAGAGGCUCUGGAGAGGAAACGGAAGGUGCUGCACUUGGUGUCACAGUGGAUGGCCCUUUGCAAGGAUUUCCUGAGGGAGGACGAGCACGUCAAACUAUUCAUGAAGACUCUGUAUCGUUACGUGUUGGAUGAUCUCAAUGAGCACCCAAUGCUGGAGAAGGAUGUGAGGGAACUGAAGAAACUGUACCAGCUGCAUCGCAGACAUGUGCUGGAUGAAUAUUCCCCCCAAAGAAAGGGCAAAGCACUUGUCCGCCAAUUGAGUUUGAAAGAGAACGGGCUCCAGUCCAGAAGUACACAGAGGGAGGCCAAGGAAGUGCUGUGUCACGUGUAUAUUACCAUGGACUCGUUCCUAAGCAUGAGGGCUCGUACUGGGAUCGUGGCCCAGGAGCUGCUGCAGGCUUUGGCAGAAAGGAUGGAAGUCCCACUGGGGAAACUGGUGUUAGUGGCUGUAACUUACAAUGGAGGUAGGCUCCUCCUGCGGCCUCAGGACAGAGUCUUCUCGGAUUCUUUACGACCAGUUGGGAGACUGCAUGUGUGCAGGAAGGAUCUGGGUGAAGUCCUGAACCCGCUCACAGACAACACAGAGAUGCAACAGGGAGCGGUUCGCAUGCUCAGUUUGAACACGUGGGACGUGGCCGUCGCUCUCACCAACUUCGACUGGACCAUCUUUGAGUCAAUUCACGAGCAAGAACUCGUCUAUUUCACCUUCAGCCGCCACAGCAGCAGCAGCCACACGGUGGCGCUGGAGCUGCUGCUGCAGCGCUGCAAUGAAGUCCAGCUGUGGGUGAUGACCGAGGUGCUGCUGUGCCCGACGCUCUGCAAAAGGGUCCAACUCAUCAAGAAGUUCAUCAAGAUCGCUGCCCACUGUAAAGCACAGAGGAAUCUCAACUGUUUCUUUGCCAUUAUAAUGGGGCUGAACACUGCAGCUGUUAGCCGCCUCGGUCAGACAUGGGAGAAAAUUCCUGGGAAAUUCAAACGGCUGUUUUCAGAGCUGGAGACAGUAACAGAUCCCUCGCUGAACCACAAGGCCUACAGGGACUCCUUCAAGAAGAUGAAGGCGCCAAAGAUCCCCUUCCCCCCUCUGCUACUGAAAGAUAUUACGUUCAUUCACGAAGGCAACAAGACAUUUCACGACAACUUGGUCAAUUUCGAAAAGCUGCACAUGAUAGCAGACACAGUGCGUCUCAUCCGGCAGUGUCAGAAAGAUCACAUGGGUAAUGGCAUCACCCAGAAGAGCAGCUCAGAAGCGCGAGCCUACAUCGAUUACCUGCAUAUCAUCGACAAUCAGCAGACUCUGUUUGAACUGUCACACGGGCUGGAGCCUCGUGCUUAGAGUGCAGCUCGUACUGCACUUCCCACUGUGUCAGCCAUACUGUUGAAUUGCCAAGAAAACAAUCUGUUGCUGUCUCAUCUAUCUCUCAGGACCCACUCAGCAAUCAGAGGACGGUGCAUGAUCCAGGCCGACCACAGGAGGGAGCCGCUCAAUCAGGAAACUCUCACCAUGGAUGGGAAUAAGCAGAAAAAAGGUCAAAUGCAUAAAUGUUUGCUUAUAGCUCCACAACAGUGUCACUGAUCCUUGUGCUGACUGGUGGUAAGAAAAAAACACGGAUGUCUAGAUCCGCAGGUCUGCUGCUGCUAGACUGUUAAACACAUGGCAGAGGUUGGCAGGCGCAGAGCUGCUCUAACAACGCAACAGCUCCCCCUUGUGGAGAAUAAGCAGCCUGCAAUAAGAGUUUGUUUGCAGGUGAAGUGCUUCCCACCUUUAAAGCUACAGAAAAUGAGUGUUGGGCAAGGAAGUUCAUCCCCGACCUUGACAGCAGUAAGUUUGAAAUGAGAGUCUACCGACUAGCCUUUCCAGAGCUUUGAACCACAUGCUUCACAUCACGUGACGUGAUCGAAAUGCAGAUUAACUCAUGAUAUUGUACAACUUUUUGUAUUUGUGGUGUUUAAAGAUCUGGUAGCUGGGGUUGUUUCAUCAGAGUUAACCAAAGAGAACAUCGGCCCUAUAUAUUGUAAGCACACUUUUCUUCAUGUAAGACAUGCACACAUCAGAACAGUGUAUGCACAACAGCUGAAUCACAUGACAGAGAAAGUGAAAGUUAUUGUUAAAUAUUUAACAUUGUCACAUUAUUUUCUUUUUCUAUUUUUACAUUGCAGAAUUAUCUCACUGUCCAGUUUUCUAUUGUUUAACCAUGAAGUCUGUUGAGGUUUGGAGAUAUUGGUUUUAACUGUGUGGUACUCACCAGAAAUUAGCAUUUGAAAACCUCAGCAACAACAAAGAAAUGGUGACUCACAACAACCCCAAAUACUACCUAGCUACAGCGUAACUAUUUCAUCCUCAGUAAAUGUAUGUAUAGAUAUUGAAAAGGAAAAUUAAGUCUUUGGGUGAACUGUCCCAAAAAGUAAAGAGCAAUAGAAAAAACAAGUAUUACAGCACCUUCUAGAAAGAAAAAGUAGAGAAAGAAAAAUAGAAGCCAUUCGCUUAUGUACAGUGUGUAUUAACAAUACUGUAUACUACUGUAUAGUUUGUAUAAGAUACCGUACAGUAUUUAUUCUCUAUUUGUCAACUGAAAAUGAUCACCUUUGCCCCGAGGCUAUAGGUGUUGUGAAGUGUGGUCAAUGGAAUUUUGCAUUAUGUUCUUGACAUUUAAUUUCUAUAAUUUUGGAUUUUAAAGCCCACAGUGAACAUGGUGAGAAACAUGCUUUAACAAUAUGUAUCUUAUUUUUUAAACAUUAUGUGUAUGGUUGAUUCUCUUUAUAUUACAUUCAAUAUAAAUUCAGGAUCCGCAUAUUAAUUUAUUUCAGAAAAUAUUUAUUUGUUUGAUUUCAUGUUUUUUGUACGCACUAUUUGUCUGGUCUGCAUGAUAUGGCAAACCGUGGAUUGACCAGCAGUGUAAACUGUGCAUUCAAUAAAAUAUUUUUCAGCAUCAUAA